AUGAGUGCAGAGGUGGAUGCGCUGACUGUGGUGAACCAACUCCGAGACUUGGCUGCUGACCCUCUCAAUAGAAGAGCCAUAGUUGAAGAUCAGGGCUGUCUCCCAGGACUCAUCCUUUUUUUAGACCACCCUAACCCUCAAGUGGUCUACUCUGCACUAUUGGCUGUCCGUUACCUGGCAGAAUGUCGAGCCAAUCGAGAGAAAAUGAAGAGCGAGCUCGGCAUGAUGCUGAGUUUGCAAAACGUUAUGCAAAAAGGCACCUCACCAGGAGAGACCAAACUGCUGGCUUCAGAAAUCUAUGAAAUCCUUCAGUCGGCAGGGAAUGAGGCCGAACAGGCUGAAGAAUCUACUGCCUCCUGUCGACGCAAAGCUCAUUUCUUCCUGGGCUCCAAUAACAAGAGGGCAAAGACCGUUGUGCUGCACAUUGAUGGACUGGAUGACUCUAGUCGCAGAGGUCUUUGUGAAGAGGCCUUGCUGAAAAUUCGAGGGGUUAUCAGCUUCACCUUCCAGAUGGCUGUAAAGCGAUGCGUCGUCAGAAUUCGCUCUGAUCUUAAAGCCGAGGCAUUGGGAACAGCAAUCAACUCCACCAAAGUAAUGAUAGCUCAGCAGGUGGUCAAGACAGAAGACGGUGCAGAGCGUAUCGUGCCGUUUCAAGAGGGGGCAGCUGUUUUGGUGGAAGAGAAUACAGACAUCCCGGACUAUCUCCCCGAGGAGGAGAGUCCAUCCCAGGAGCAGGAUAAGGCCGUGACACGCGUGGGCUCCAUCACAGAUGGCAUGGGCUGGCUCGGUACUGCUGCUAACUUCCUGACCCGGUCCUUUUACUGGUGA